AUCCAAUCCAUGAGCCUUCUGCAACAUCCAUCCCUAUUACACCUUAUUUGCUUGCUUGAUUUCACCAUUUGGUAGUCAUGUCUGCUAAAAGUUUUCCCCGCUUCUCCUUGAUCACUCUCGGCCUAAUCCUUGCCCUCAUUCCUCUCCUUUCUCAUGCAACAACUCCACCCCACUCUUCUAACCAAAAAACAUCACCCUUUGGAUUUCUCAAUCAUCUUCAGGGAUGCCACAAGGGUGACAAGGUAAAAGGCAUCCAUGAACUCAAAACGUAUCUUGAACAACUUGGUUAUUAUCACAAAACCAAAAACAAUAGCCAAGCCAAUGAUGAUGAUUUUGAUGAACUCCUAGAAUCUGCAGUCAAAACAUACCAGCAAAAUUAUCAUCUAAAGGCCACUGGGACUUUAGAUGCUGAAACGGUAUCAAAGAUGAUGAUGCCUCGUUGUGGCGUAGCAGAUAUCAUCAAUGGUACAAACUCAAUGCAAUCAGGCAAGAAGAAUAAUCACCACCGCAAGGGCUCAUUUCAUGCCGUCUCUCACUACAGCUUUUUCCAGAAUGCUCCAAAGUGGCCAACCUCAAAGUAUCAUCUCACCUACGGGUUUCUCCCAGGAACCCCAACUGAAGCCAUGAGUCCCGUCGCACAAGCUUUCCGAACGUGGGCAGGAAACACCCACUUCACCUUCUCGCAAGCUCAAGCCCUAUCAAACGCAGAUAUCACUAUUGGUUUUGGUAGUAUGGAUCAUGGAGACGGGAGUUCUUUUGAUGGAACUGGUGGAACCAUUGCGCAUGCUUUUGCGCCAACCGAUGGACGGUUCCAUUAUGAUGCAGAUGAACCCUGGAGUGUGGGUGCUACUCCUGGUGCAUAUGACUUGGAAACAGUUGCUUUGCAUGAAAUUGGGCACCUUCUUGGACUCGGGCAUAGCUCAGUUCAAGGAGCAAUCAUGGAAUCCGGUAUGGCUCAAGGAGUGACUAAAGGCUUGCAUGCAGAUGAUAUUGCAGGAAUUAAAGCCUUAUAUAAUGUUUGAGAAUGUCUAAGAAUUUAAUGGGAGUAGAUUAUUAUAAAAUAAAGCAUUUGUUGCUUAUAAAAUAAACUAUGAAGAUGAUCGAAGUAGGCCAUAUUGUUUUGGCAAGAAGAGGGAUAUAGUUCAAUAAAUUCGCUGUUAAGAUUUAUGUCUUAAAACAAUAGUUUGAAUUUUCACUUUACUAAUAAAGUCAAAAUUAGAUAAUCGUGAAUAUCUUGUUUGGGCAA